AUGGCGUCGUUUGCUAGUGACGUCGCCGCCUAUGUCGACUUCGACAAGACCAGCUUGCUGGAGUACCACAACAAGAUCCUGACGAACCUGUUCGGGGGCAAGUCGCGCACGGCGUGCUACGCGCUCGCGGCGACCAUCUUCUCGCUCGGCAUGGUGCGCGACUACCUGUACAAGACGGCGAUCCAGGAGCAGCCAUCGCACCCGCUGCUGCUGAGCCUGCCGUCGCAGGCGGCGGCGUACACGCUGCUGAUCGCGGGCAACGUGCUGGUGGUGUCGUCGACGUGGGCGCUGGGCAUCACGGGCACGUUCCUGGGCGACUACUUUGGCAUCCUCAUGGACCACAUGGUGACCGGGUUCCCGUUCAACGUGUGCGGCGCGCCCAUGUACUGGGGCUCGACCAUGAGCUUCCUCGGCACGGCGCUGCUGUUCGGCAAGCCCGCGGGCCUGCUGCUCACGGCGUGGGUGUUUGUCGUGUACGUCCUGGCCCUGCGGUACGAGGACCCCUUCACGGCGGGCAUCUACGCGAAGCGGGAGCGCGAGCGUGCGGCGGCCGGCAAGAAGCAGAAGUGA